CUCCCGGCACCCCUCUGCACCUUGUUCCCCAGCCUCAGCCUCUGGUUUCGGAACGUCAGCCCGCGACCCUUGCGGGGCUCCGGAGCUGACCGCUUUGACUCGUGGGGAAGCGCUUGCCAACUAGGCGUGCUUUCAUUUCUCUUCACAUCCCAGAUCUAUCUUUUGAGACUUUACCCUUCUCCAGGGACAGCAUUCAGGAGACCGGGAAAAUGGCCACGUGGCUCCUGAAAGCCAAAAAAGAGAACGAGAUGGCAGUGCUGCCAGGUGUUCUGAAGGAGGAAGAGACCAUCAAGGAAAAGGACGCACUCCUCAGGGAAGCACAGGUGGAGGUGGCACAAAAACAUCAGCUGCGAAGCAUUGAGGUGAAGGUGUUUGUGGCGUUCAGGGAUGUGGCUGUGGACUUCACCCAGGAGGAGUGGCGGUUGCUGAGCCCUGCUCAGAGGACACUGCACAGGGAAGUGAUGCUGGAGACCUACACCCACCUGGUCUCACUGGAAAUUCCAUUUUCCAAACCAAAACUCAUUUCUCAGCUGGAGCGAGGGGAAGAGCCCUGGAUAGAGGAGAAACAACAUCCACUCGGCCUCUGUCCAGGACCAAAGCUGGAAAUUCAACCUUGUCUCUCCUGCCCUCUGGUUUUCUCUAGUCAACAAGCCUUUAGCCAGUGUGUGUGGUUCAGUCAUCUCCCUCAGCUAUUCUCAAGUUUCUGUGCAGGAAAUCAUCUCCAUCCAGAGAAACAUUAUCCAGAAGAUCAAAAACAGCAGCAGGAGCAAGUCUUUGAGCAAGUCUGCUUGAGCAACAGAAUAGAAAUUCAAGAAAGAGAAGGCUCCAAACCCCUUUCUGGGAGCAGAAGCAGAAGCAUUUCCAAGGCACUCCCCUGCCCACCACAAGGACAGCCAGCAAGGCCCCAGGAAGAUAGCACCAUGGUGGGUGUCAGACCCAGCCGAGACCAGAAGGCAGAACUUGAGGAAGCAGAUAAUGUAUUGCAUGGCUUAGAGGCUUCAGGAUUUGGAGCAGUCAAAUAUGGGGAGUUUGGGCUGUGCUUUAUCAAGGAGUCACACCUGUUCAGCCUCCAGAGCACACAUACAGGGGAGACACCUUAUGUGUGCACUGAGGGGGGACAAAGCUUUAGCAGUACAUCAACCCUCAUCAACAGCCAGAGGACGCAGUCUGGAGAGAAGCAUUAUGUUUGUAGGGAGUGUGGGCGAGGCUUUAUCUGGAAGUCAAAACUUAUCAUGCACCAGAGAACACACUCAGGAGAGAAGCCAUAUGUGUGCAAGGAGUGUGGACGAGGCUUUACUUGGAAAUCAAACCUCUUCAACCAUCAGAGGACACACUCUGGGGAGAAGCCUUAUGUUUGCAGUGAGUGUGGGCGAUGCUUUCGCCAGCAUUCACACCUCACGCGACAUAAGAGGGCACAUUCAGGAGAGAAGCUUUAUGUGUGCGGGGAGUGUGGGCGAGGCUUUACAUGGAAGUCAAAACUCAUCAUGCACCAGAGGACACACUCAGGAGAGAAGCCGUAUGUGUGCAAGGAGUGUGGACGAGGCUUUACGUGGAAAUCAAACCUCUUCAACCAUCAGAGGACACACUCUGGGGAGAAGCCUUAUGUUUGCAGUGAGUGUGGGCGAGGCUUUCGCCAGCAUUCACACCUCACCCAACACAAGAGGACACAUUCAGGAGAGAAGCCUUACGUGUGCAGGGAGUGUAAGCAAGGCUUUAGCCAGAAGUCGCACCUCAUUAGGCACUUAAGAACACACACAGGAGAGAAGCCUUAUAUAUGCACAGAAUGUGGGCGUCACUUUAGCUGGAAAUCAAGCCUCAUGGCACACCAGAAGACACACUCAGGGGUUAAACCUUAUGUGUGCCUGCAGUGCGGGCAGUGCUUUAGCCUAAAGUCAAACCUGAACAAACACCAGAGGUCACACACAUGGGAAAAGCUGUUUGUAUGCAAGGAAUGUGGGCAAGGCUUUACUCGGAAAUCAACCCUCAUCACACACCAGAGAACACACACAGGGGAGAAGCCAUUUGUGUGCAGGGAGUGUGGACGAGGCUUUAAUGGUAAGUCAACUCUCAUAUCACACCAGAGGAUGCAUUCUGGGGAAAAGCCUUUUAUAUGCAGGGAAUGUGGAAGAAGGUUUAGCCAGAAGCCAAACCUGUUUAGGCACAAGAGGGCACAUACAGUUGAUUCGCCCUUUGUGUGUAGGGAGUGUGGGCAAGGUUUUUGUGAUAAGUUAACUCUCAUUGCACACCAGAGGGCACACUCAAGGGGGCAGCCUCAUGUGGGCAGGGAGUGUGAGCAAGUCUUUAGCUGGCAGUCACACCUUAGUAGAUACCAGAAGAUACAUUCAGGAGAGAAACCUUAUAUAUUUGUAGGAAGUGUGGGUGAGAAUUUAGUCGGAAAUCAAACCUCAUCAGACAUCAGAGGACACCCUCAGGAUAGGAACCUUAUGUGUACAGGGAAUGUAGUAAAAUCUUUAAUCAAGAGUUACACUUCAUGAGACACCAGAAGUCACACUCAGGCCUCUGGCUUUAGUAAUAAGUCAGCCAUUGCCAGAUACCAAAGUGGAGACAUCGUACAUGUGUUUACGAGGCUAAUGGUAAGUGUCAGAAUUUCUAGUCCACCUAAAGAACUGCUGCCUGUUUUCAGGACCUCUGAUUUUCCAUAGAGGGGAUGGUGGGUUGUGGAAGAUCUCUCAGGUAGCUUGAUGGAGUACUUCUAAACAGUUUGAAAUUAGGGAUGGAGACUAUUUUGUCAUUUCCCAAGUAUACUUGAAUACUCCCUCCAAGGUAACUUGGAUGUUACUGAAACAAUAUGAGAGCUUGUCUCUUAAUGUCUGUCUGUCUAACCUUCAGAGAAUAAGAGACUUGACAAAAACCAUGUCUGAUGUAAUCUUGGUUCCUGCAGUGUGUUCUUUUUGAUAGAUAUACAACAUUAAUAGUAUUAUACACAGCAGUAAUAGCAAUAUAACUCUGUUUGGGUUCCAGGAUCCAAUUUCAAUGUGUGUAAGUGUGCGGGAGGGGGUUGUGGGGAAAAUGGAAGUUCCUUGGUCCAGGAUCCUCACCUGACCCUAAACUACUUGAUUCUGUCAUUGGCCUACUGCUGGGCUAAUGUUUCCACACCCAUUGGCAAUGAGCUGUUACUGACUGAGUCACUAUAUAAAGCACUCCACUCAGCAGAGGCAGAGAUGGAGGUGGAUUACGGACCUGUAAACUUCUGUAUGCAGACAUGACUCUAGUGCUCGACCUAGCGAUGAGAAUAAAGCUGGGUAUAAAUCCUUGUACCCCAACAAUGUUCUAUUGUCAUUUCUCAGUCUCACUGAAUCCAUAAUGAACUUGCUGGGGGCCAAAACCCCCAGGCAAGACAAUUGACGUAGUUGGCAGGAUUCACAAGAUUGAAGAAGAGAACAGGCUGCCCUCAUGGGAGGGGCGUUUCAGCAUGCUGCCCCUGUGGAUGGGGAGACAUUCAAGUGACCCCCAGUGAGCAUGUGAUCUGAGGUGGCUUGCCUUGUAGAGCUCUGACUGGACCCAAGAGCCAUGGAGUGGCGUGGCACAGAAGCCUACACUGGCCAAAUGGAGUGCAUACCUACAGCAGUGUAGUGCCCUCUCUACUAGCCCCCUGAGUGAAGAACAAUGCUUCUUGGGUCCAGUGACAUAUACCAGUGAAAGGCCGAAGAAUUUAUUUUAGAGGCAUUAGUAACAGCCUUUACUGGGAGGGAAGAGCCCCUAUGCCCAAAAGAUGCAUGGUAUACAGAUGGCUCCAGCCCUGGGCUGUCCCCAGAAUGGAGGGCUGUAGCUUUCUAUCCUAAAAAUAUGGAUUGAAGCUGGUGAGGGGAAGAGUAGUCAAUGGGCAGAAUUGCAGAAAGUGUGGCUUGUGAUCACCCAGGAGCCCUCCCAGUAGCUGUCUGCACUGACUGCUGGGCUGUCUAGUGAGGCUUGACUCUGGCUACUUACCUGGUGCCAUGACAACUGGAUGGUUGGUCACCAACCCCUUUGGGGGCAAGGCUUGUGGCAACACUUCUGGGUCUGUGGUUAGACUAAAACAGUUACAGUAUAUUAUGUGACAGGCCAUUUGCCACUAGCAUCCCCAGGAAAUGAUGAAGCAGAUGAAUUGGUCCAGGUACAUUAGCUAGAAAGAAAGCCUGCCUCUGAUGUGGCCCAGUGGUUACAUCAACAUUUGUGGCAUGUGGAGCAGAAGAUAAUGUGGGCUAUAGCCCAUUGGUGGGGCCUGCUUUUGACCUUUGAAGAAGUCAACAGAGCCUCACAGGAAUGCAUUGUGUGCUGUAAAAGGCACACGAAGUCCCACAGCAACCUGGGAUGAUAGCUAUGGGUCUGAUAAUCUCAUCAGGUGGCAGACUAUAUUGGGCCUCUGCCCAUGGUAGAAGGGUAUCAAUAUGUCAUGAUGUGUGGACGCCGCUGCUGGGCUUCUGGUUUUUCCUUCACGUCGUGCAGACCACUGAACAACCAAAAGAGGUCUACAAUGUUUCUUUGCAGCCUAUGGCCAACCAUAAGUAAUUGACAGUGAUCAAAGCACCCACUUUACUGGGCACACACCCUAGCAAAAAUUUCUGCUUGCUAGGUGUGCAUGGAGCUCCCUGUCAGUUCUGCUAUUUGUCUCCCAUGAAUAGUGUGAAUUGUGAACUCAUGAGUAGAACUGGUUUGAGUACAGCUGGAAUGACCACUUGGUGGCAGUUGGUCUCAGGCUUGAGGACAACUAUUAUCAUAAUUUUUCCUGUUAUCUUUAUGUUGUUAUAGUCUCUAUUGCUGUUAUGGAAUUUGGUUACACUGUUCCAGCUUUCUCACUCGGACUAUCAUGGAAGAUUGAGGGCACAUAGAUUGUGAGGUGAUAAUCCUAGAGGGGUGUAGGAAAAAUGGAAGUUACCAUAGCCAGGAUCCUCACCUGGCCCUCAUUUCCUGUUCACUCAGCAAAUGCACACUCAUUCAGUCAGGGGUGAGCAGAGAAACUGGCUUUGCCAGGUAACCUGUUCUUUCAGUUCCUUGGGAAGGAGCAGCUGGAAAUCGCAUUUGUAAAUCUAGCACUGAGAUUUAUGGAUUUUGUUCAACUGAUUUUUCUAUAAAAGUACUCCCUAGAUGUCCUUGAGACGCCUUGCAUUUUGCCCAAGAGGCAAAGGUUCAUUAAGCAAAAUAAAAUGGUGAAGAUAAAAAGAUACUGGGUAAUGUAAUAUUACCCUGACACACAGGGAUGUUGACCCAUAGAGUAGAUACAGUGCCUGGGAUUACAAAAGAAAAAUGGUGAAGAUGAUAUGACUGUCUCAGAUGGAGCAAAAAAAUAGGAGAAGAGUAUGAUAUUUAGGUUCAUGAAAUCAAAUUUCUGCUCUCUGGAAUAAGGGAGUGAUCAGCAAUGUGACAGGUUGCUGACAUAGGGAAUGAGAUGAAAACAAUUUUAUAUGACUGAUGGAAACUUAUAGAGCUGUUGGUGAGUUUAAAAUUUCCAUUGUUUUUGGGACAGUGCAUAUAUAUGUGAUUUUUAUACACACAUACACACUAAUUUUAAUAGGCAUUCCCUUUCAACUGGCAAUCUGAUUUCUAUACAGUUCUCUUAGGCAAAUCAUCAUCAUGCAUAAAUGUAUGAGAAAGAUAAAUUUGUCCAAAGCA